CUUUGCGGAAGUGUAUAUCGACAGGGUGCUUGUUUUUACUCAACUUCAUCAUAAUAAUGUUUUGGUCAUUUAAAAGGGUAAUUGCCUAGUAAGAUACUGACCAAAAGAUGGAUGAGGAAGCUUUAUCUCGCAACAAUGAGGUCUGUCGAAUGUUGCGCCAGUCCCUGUUGGAAAUUUGUAGGAACCACUAUACAGCCUUGGCAGAUAUGGAAGUGGAUGCUAUCAUAUGUCUGUCUGCUAUUAACUCAUCUCAACAAAAUAUCAUAAAAAUACACCAAGUUGUGCCUCGGGAAAACUUCAAAAACACUUCAACAAAUGGUAUCCAUGCAUCCAAGGUGGAGAGUACCCUAGGCAUUGCUAGAGGAAUUCAAAUGCAAAUCAAGAAACGGAAGCGUCUCAUGUGUAGGCAGAAACACAACUUCAGGAUCAAACUCAAUGCGGCUAAGGUAGACGCUGGGUUGUCUGGUCAGCUGAAACAUGGUGAAACAAAUAAAUCCAGUUCAAAUAGGAGAAAGAUGAAGAAGAGUUCUGUGACACAGUAUCAACCCUGGAGCCAAACCAAAUCUCCUUCAAUGUCCAUGGACUGCUGCGAUACCGAAAACACUGAGAAUACCUUGUUUGUUACUCGAGACAAACAGGGACGCUUGUUGAGGGUCAGUCAGCUCCCUUUAAAUCAACCUAAAUCUCAUGUGGACCAAACAAUGUCUGGAAACAAGGAGAAUAAUAUUGAGGAGGAUGAACCUCAAGACAGUUCCAAUUCAUCAGAUGAGGAAAAAGUAGCCAUAAAAGAGGAACCAAUAGAUGAUGCUUAUGGAGAUUUUGGUGACAUAAGUAGUGCUAGUUGUGGACAAACUGAUCAAAAGGAGAAUUACUCUGAUGCUGUGAUGGGGAGGAGUGACUCAGAUUCACAGGAAAUCACACCACCUUUUGUACCCAAGUGUGAAACUCAGCGUAGAGAACUAAGAGGCAAAUUUAUGAUUUACAACAAGGAACUAGGUAGAGUUGAAACAGAACAAGCAGGAUCUCAAUCAACAGACGAACAAGAUGACCAAGAUAUGAAUGAAGAUGAGAGAGACUCAGCAAAGAACCAUGACAAUACUGAAAAUUCUAGUGAAUCAUUUGUUGUGAAAACUGAACCAGAAGAUCCAGAAUAUAACUCCCCUGUAAUUGAGAAAUCUCCCCUGAUAAUACAUUCUGUUCAAGGAAAUACAGCAUUUGAGGUGGGCAAGAAUACCAAUCAAGUGUCUCUACUGAGAAAUUGCCUCAUCAAAACAGGUAGUGAUAAAGAAUUGAACAUGUCGUCCAUGUUCCUGGACAAUGAUAGAAAUUCUCAGCUUUCUAAACUUUCCUCAGACAAAAAUGCUGAACUACAUUACAUAAGUCCAUCUACAUCCAUAAUUGACUUUUCUGCAAGUAGUGUUAAUGACUGGAAGAAUGUGAAGAGCUACUCAAUGGUAGGAGAGGAGAGAUCAGACGACGACGGCAUGUCGCAGUCUAGUGGCUGUGACACGCCACUUAGCACACUAAACAGGGAACCAGCGGUACUUAGGCGAACAAAGAAGAAGAAAAAUGAGCCCAAACUUGUGUCCCUUCUUCACAAACCUUCUCUCAUGGAGGCGUCAAGUUCAGGGGUGGUUGGGACAGUGGGGCCAUCACAGUUAUCUCCCCUUAGGAUAUCUGGUUUAGACAACUCAACAUCACCCAACAUAUCUAGUCCAAUUGGUUAUUCCUCUGCAAAUCAAAGUUUUGAGGAGGGAGAUUCCCUGAUAAGGGGAGAAGCUAAACAGUUUUAUUGUGAAAAAUGUGGCACUGGAUUUGCUUCCAGAAAGUCUAAAAUGAGACAUGAAAAGUUUACAUGUGGAAAUCAUACUUUUGAGUGUUCAGUUUGCGGAAAGUUUUACUCGCGGGCAGACAGUAAACAAAGACACAUGCUGAAGAUGCAUGGGGUUAAGAUCAUGCCCUCUCAGCUUGGCAUCGAUCCUCUGGAUGUGAGCAGUACAGAAGUUGAUGACAAUAUGACUUGGUUGUGAAGAAAAUAUAUUUAUAAAUCUGAGAUCUCUUUUAACGAUCACAGUAUUUGCCACAUAUAUUCUUAAUCUGUCUUUUUUCAAUUUGUUUGAACCCAUUUUUCUGCAGCACAUUAAAUAGAUACUAGUUUACAUGUAAGAAACGGAAUAAGAAUUUGUCUAACAAUAUUUUUUUCUUAAUUCCGAUUCAGUUGGGAUGAAAAUUAAAGCUUGCCCUUAUACCAUUUGGAAUAAGGACACCUUAUGUUUAUGAAGGACAAGCAAUGUAAGAUUUAAGCCUAACCCAUUUUAUUUAUUUAAUGGCUUUCCAAUUGGUUCUACAUGGGUGUUGCUGUGAUUUUCAGAACUUUUCAAUACUGUCGUAUAUACAUAUCAAUUAAACACAUAUACAUGUAUCGAUGUGAGACUUUUGUUCAUAUGUAUGACCUAAGCUGUUAUGAAGCUGUGAAACCUUGAAAUCAAAAUUCUAAACGCAUAAUGGGGUAAAUAAUUCUUAUGUCUAUUAUUAUUUUGAACAAAAUAAUAUUGUUAGACUUCUAAAACAAAGACAUUGUACAUGCAGGUCAUGUUAAGAUAAUGGAAUUUCUUCAAAUAAUCGCUUCCUAGGAUGAAUUUAUAACCAGAUUAAACAGUUCAAAUCAUCAAUGUGGUAAUUACAUGUCAGAAAUUACUACUCGCAUGCAUCUGUCCGAUAUUUCUGGUAAUUCAAACCCUAAGGUUUGGUUUGCAGUCUAAAAAAAUGUUAUUACCUUUUGUUGAUACAUGUAUGUAAAUUAUGUGAUACAGCAAAAGUUGAUUUUCACAAUAUAUAUACAUUGAAUUAAAUUUCAAUGACACAUUUUUGUUCAUAAGAAAAGAAGUUGGUUUCUGAAAGAUUAUACAAAAUUUUGUUAGAAAAAUAUACCUAAAGAAUUCUUGGUGUUGCUUUAUAAACAUAUAUAUAAAUAUAUAUACAAAGAAUGGAAUUACAUAGAUUAUAUAACAGGAAAUCUAGUGCAUCAAGAAAAAUGAUAAUAACCAGAAAUUGACAUUAAGAGGCAUGAUAUUAAGUGAAAUGUACUGUAUAUGAAAAUAGAAGAAAAGUUGUUCAGAUUUUCAUGAAGGUUUUGCUCAUUAUACAUUUCUCCUACAUAUGUGGAAAAUUUUCUGAUAUAUGUAUUCAAAAAUUAUUUUGAAAUAAUAACAGUUUAAAAGUGAAUUACAUAACAAAUAUCUUUCAAAACAUUUAAGAAAAGUGCAGUUAGAACUCCAUCCAUUCAAUGAAGUCAUCAUGACAUUUGACUCCUUUCACAAGAAAUUGGGUGCUGGUACAAUUUGUAUACAUAUGUUAUUGUAUAAAUGUGGCUUACAUAUAUAUACAUAUCUUCUGUUGUGAUUUUUGUUGUUGAUGAAAUACAUGUAUCGUCCAAAGUACAAUUACCUUUUUGUGUAUUUAUUGUCUAGCUUAGCUUUAAUUUUGGGUAAAUUCACCUUGUCGAGUCCCAUUUCAUAUUGUGAUAAAACAAAAAUAACCAUGCAAAAGUUUGAUUUAGGUAAAUAUCUAAUAAAUCAUGACAUUAGCAACAGUUUGGCUGCUGUCAUCAGAACAACUACAUGAUUGAAUCAUUAGAUUUUUAAUUACCAAAUGAGGUCAGUUUAUUCUAUAAUCAGAAACACAGGUAAAAGUUUGUAAUGUUCAAUAUUUAUUAUAUGGUCACCUCAUUUGAGUUAAGGUGAGGCCAGGAGAAUGGUCAAAGAAGGAAUGCUUUCUCAAAUUGAUUUUACACUAUAUGCUGCAUUUAUAGCUCAGACUGUGGAUCUGUGACCUGGUUACACCUUGUUACUUGUGGAUCUGUGACCUGGUUACACCUCGUUACCUGUGGAUCUGUGACCUGGUUACACCUUGUUGCCUGUGCAGAGAUAUUGUGUUCUUCCUUACGUUUUGUUGUCCCCUUGGUUCAUGUUGUUAAUGUCUUUUCUUUUGUAUCGGUGUCUUCUCAAUUCAAUCAAUUUCUGACAUAGUUGCCAGUUAGUAUCCAUUCAGCUUCUGAUUUCAAUACAUCGAGAUGUAUAUGUGGCAUUAUAAGAAGUUAACAUGCGUCCUUAGAAUGAAAGAGCUCUAGGUUUUUAGGUCAGAAGGCAAAUAUUCGUAUCUUGGGUUUUUAAAAACAAAUUGUCAAACCUGGUACAUUGUACAUCUCGAGAUCUCCUCCUUGUGCUUUACCUGUCAUUAUUUAUUUCACUAGACACUUGGCAAUUAGACCAGUUAUAUAUUACUGGGUAGUUAAAUGGAAAAAUUUAUAUAAAAAAAAGUGCUUUAGUCGGUGGUGGGCACUUUCAAUGAAUACGUUUUUUUUUGUAUUUUUUAAUGAAGCAAAAUGUAUGCUUACAGUAUGUUCAUGCUAGUGUCUAUAUUGGAUGUUGAAUACAAUGAAGUACUUUUCAUCAGAACAAUUAAUGAUACAUAUUGUUUAUUGUUUUUCUAAAAGAAUUUUAUACUUAGUUACUAGUAAGGUAUUUAUACUCAUGAUGUAUGCAAGUUAUAAUUGUUUUGGAUAGUUAUUUGAUAAUACCUUUUAAAGUACAAAAACGUAAUUUAUGUUAUUUAGUUCAGACACAAUGUCUAAGGUAGCAUAUACCUAUUAGUUCAACAGUAUAACAUUUUUAACCAUUACAGUAAAUGCUUUGUUUAGAUCUAGAACAGUGAAGAAUCAACAAUGAACUCGGGCACAUGAUUUCAUUUCAACAUUCAUGUAAUACGUAGACUGAUCAUUUCAUACUAAUUGGUAAGAUUUUCAAUAUGUAUGAAAUGUUAUGCUGGCAUCCUUAAUUCAAAGGAUGUUUGCUUUAUUGUAGUGUUUUUUUCUACAAGUAGGUUUUGUGAUUAAAUUUAAGGUUUUGCCAAAGAAAUAAAUUUGGACUGAAGUUUCAUUUGAGAAUGACAUUAUAAUUUAGCUUAAGAGCUAGAUUGUCCCGAAAUAAUAUAUGCAGGGCUACAGGGCUACAUGUGUACACAUUUCCAUAUUUCCAGUAUUAGUUUGCAGGCUGUUUUUGCAAAAUUCUACUAGAUAUAAAAUCACUAGCCCAGAUAUAAAGUUGGUAAGCCGCAGGUGCCGGGCUAGUGGAAUAGUACAUCUCCGAUAUAUUAAAAUUUGUACUUUAAAAUACUGACACAACAUGUACAUUCCCUUUACAUUAUGGUCAUGAUAAAGACCAAAUAUCGUAAACUGUAGUUAAUUCAUUGAACAUCUAUUUAACAUGCAGUCUGUGUUCCAUUUAAUGUUUAAAAUUGAAAUUAUUCUUUUUGUGUGUGCCUCCAUCAUCAAGAACGUUCAAUAACGUUGUAUCAUGAAAUUUAAGAAGCUUAAUUUUGUAAAACUGCUCUGGGCCAGAACAAGAGAAUCAGGAGUAGGAUGAAAUGUGUCCAUUUUUAUCAAAAUUGAAGUACACAUACCUUUCAACACUUAUUCAGUAAUUAUGUGCCUUUAUUCCUGCAUAACUAUUAAUUGCUUAAUUAUUCUUUAAGCAAUUUCUUUUUGCCUCACUUUGUAAAGAGAGGAGGAAUAAUUUGACUUCUGAUUGUCAUGAACUAUUUGGAUCUUCGAUUGAAAUAACUCCACUAGUAUAUUUAAGCCAGAUCAAAUUAAUAUGUUAAAAGGGCUAGUGCAACUUCAAACACAUGAUAUUGUUUUAAAGAUAUUUUGUAUAAAGCCAACUUUAAUGGGAAUUAGCGUCAAUUGAUAAAUCGGGGCCAUCAGAUAUUGGUGUUAAUCUGAAUAUUCUUUUAUUAAAAAAACAAAUAUUUUGGUAUGAAUAUACCGUAUGUUUCUUUUAAUGUUCUGUUGGUAAUACACGUAUAUGUUCCAAAUAUUACAGCUGCCAAAGGAGAUUUUUGAGGUGAAGAACUAUUAAGUUCAGUGCAUCUAUAUGCAGCUCAGUAUCCUGUUAUGAGAAUAAAAAAAAAUCUGUGUAAGACAAGUAUUGUACAGUAAAACGUGUUCAAUAUAGCUCUAGGAACAAAUUUAUUUAAUACUUUGGCAUGUUUAUUAAAAAUUUAAAUGUUUAUUUAAAAGUUUUAGUACAAUGUCCCUGUAUUUGUUAAUUCUAGAUGAUAGUAUAAUUAUGCAUUUGUGAAUACAUUUGUACUGGUAAGUAUGCAGCUCUUGAGAAAGUCUUUUUGCCAAAAACAAAUUAAAAAAUUUAAGGGUCAGCUGAGGUUUGAUAUAAACACGUUUUGCUGUACUGAUCGAUGUAAUACUAUCAGAGUAAAUCUACACGGUAGCAAACAUGCUUAUGAAAAGUUUUCACGAGCAUCAACAAAGGCCAAUUAUUCUUUUACUGCUCUUUGAUUAUUUGAUGUACCUUCAAUGUAUUGAAAACUUACGGCAGUAAAACAUGCCACAUCUUAUUGUUAAAUUUGGUGCAGGUGUACAAAUUUGAAUUUUGUAUGUCUUUUCUUCUGUCCAUGGACGAGAUGAUUAAUAAAUUAUUUCA